AUGGCGGAAGGCAACGACAAGAGCUCAAACCCCAUGCGGGAGCUGCGCAUCGACAAGCUCGUCCUGAACAUCUCGGUCGGCGAGUCUGGCGAUCGUCUCACUCGUGCUGCAAAGGUGUUGGAACAACUGUCCGGUCAAACCCCCGUCUACAGCAAGGCCCGAUACACCGUCCGAUCCUUCGGUAUCCGUCGUAACGAAAAGAUCGCAGUCCACGUCACCGUCCGAGGCCCCAAGGCCGAAGAAAUCCUCGAGCGUGGCCUCAAGGUCAAGGAAUACGAACUCCGCAAGAAGAACUUCAGCGAGACCGGCAACUUUGGCUUCGGUAUCUCGGAACACAUCGAUCUGGGUAUCAAGUACGAUCCCGCCAUUGGUAUCUACGGAAUGGACUUCUACUGCUGCAUGUCACGACCGGGUGCGAGAAUUGCGAAGCGAAGACGGGCCCAGGCCAAGGUUGGCCGAAACCACCAGGUCCACAAGGACGACACUGUUAAGUGGUUCAAGGGUCGAUUCGAGGGUAUCGUGCGAUAA